AUGACUUCGACUUCUCUACUUACCCCAUCCCUAGGCGCGCGAUUCUUCAAGUGGCAGAAUACUGGUGCAGCACUACAGGUCAUCACAACACAUCUUAUUCUCGAGAUGCGUCUGUACGCCAUGUACAGGAGCAAUCGGCUGGUCAUUUGUAUACUUCUCUUCCUGGUCAUUGGCGAGUCCACCGGCAUGGGUAUACUACUCGGGAUUCCUAACGGUUACGGUAGCAAUCAGGCUGCGCCUGGUGUUUUCAUAUGCGCCGAUGGCGACACGCCGGGCAAGCCCUGGAUUGUAUUCUACUACCUCGUCAUCUUGAUUACUGAGGUCACGCUGCUCACACUCAGCAUCAUCAAAGCCUGGACUAACCGCCGAAUGGCGACCAAGUCCGGACUGCUUUCCGUUUUGACAAAGGACUCCGUUUAUUACUUUCUUUACCUGUUCUGGUUGUACCUCGGUAAUCUGUUGCUCUGGUCUUGGAACAUCUCCUCGCUCAAUGAACUCGGGACCGGAUUCGGCUUCGCGCUUUCCUCAGUGUUCGCCAAUCGGCUCAUGAUCUCCCUUCGGGAGUCCUACUACAAGCAACAGGAUGAAGUAUUCGAGCACGACACCACCCUCCAGUUCCGCACUACUCCAGCAGGACAGGAGACUACACACUAUCCCAUGCCCGACGAAGAGGGGCGAACAUCAAGAGGAGCCGCAGCUGCAGACGAUCGGGAACCAGACAGUGCUUUUGAGCUGUUGACUUUCAACGAGCGUUCGGGGUUCUGA